AUGGUGGGAAGGUUGAAGGAGGAAGUGCAGAGUUGUCUCCGCGUCAAGGACAAGAUCCAUGAGACCGUCCAUGCUGACAUCUUCUCUGUCCCUCAUAACUCCCGUACUCAGUUCAGAAACAAAUCCACGGUCGGCAUCAUGCUGCAUGACUGCACUGUGGAUGGGUUGGUGAUCGGUGGACCAGCGUUUCUAUCGAAGGCAAUCGAAAAAGGGGAUGUCAUUGUUAAGAUCGACAACAAGGAAACCUCUGCCGAAACAAUCCUCAGCGACCUUGUGGGCUCAGACUUGCCCGGAUCGACGGUCUUGCUGCAUCUCAACAAAGUUCGGACCGGGAAAACAACGGAGAUUGAACUCAAGAAGAUGUCAACAGAAACAAUAGCGGCGAAGUUGAAUCUGUUCGAUCUCUUCACAAAAACAAAGGAGCUAGCUCACGACAACCCUGCUGUCUCUACCAUGAUCGACGAUUGCAUUGAAGCCUGGACCGAGAUGACUGAGAAAGAAGGCGAAAAGGACUUGGUGCGGAGCUGUCAACAACUCAUCGACGAAUUACACGAGAGAUUGAAAUCUUUGAUGGAGAUAGGUUCUGAGAUAGAAGGUCACCAGAAAGACUUUGAGUCAAAGAACAUCAAACUCGAGCAAGACAUCAAGAGUCUGACCCUGGACAACCAACACCUCACAACAGAAGCCGAAGAUCUCAAAUCGAAGAUCCUCAUGCUCCAAGGGAACAUCAGCCAGUUUGAAGAGAAGCUAGCCAAAGAAACGAAUGAUUCCAAACAACCCAUUAUUACCCAGCUAACAAAAGAAGUUGAAAAAGCCAAAGGUUUGAACGGUCUGUUGAGCCAUCAAUCCUCUACUAUCCGAGAGCAAAUGCUGCAGUGCUCUGCAGAAGUUGCGCAUCUCGUUGAAGAACUGUCUUCUCAGAAGUCAAUGUCCGAAAUGCGAGACGAACAGUUCAGACAAGCUGCAACGGAGCAAGACAAGUUGAAGGCUCAACUUCUUGAUUUGAGGGGAAAGACUAAGGGUGUUGAAGCUGACAAAGAGGCGUUGAAAGAUGAGCUCGAACGGCUGAAGGAGAAACAGGAAAGUCAGAUCGAAUCGCUGCAGGGAUCGAUCGGAAGUUUGAAGGGCGAAUUAGAAGGCCUCAGAGCAGUCAAACAUCAACAAUCGUUAGAUUUCAAGUCACUCCAAGCUCAAAUGAACUCCGUGAAAAGCAAAUGCGAUCAAGUGUCCGCCGAUUACGACGCUGCAAGGCGGGAGCUGGAGGCUUUGAGAGCAGCGCUCGAGCAGAAAGAGUAUCUGAAUUGCAAUCUAUCGGUUGAGUGCGAGAAUCAAUCGCAAAAGAUUCAUCAGAACGAGCAGCUUAUCAGAGAAAACACCCGGAGAGUGAAGGACUGCGAGGAGCAGAGCUUGGAGAUUGAUGCUCUGAGAAAAGGCAAGACACAGCUACAGGGUCUCCUCGAGUCGUUGAGGACGGAGAACAGUCGCCUGAUCGGCGAGAACGUGAAUCUGAUGGAGCGAUACCACACAGAGAAAGCGCUCCGAGCUGACGCGACCGACCGACUAGCUUCUUUCUCCUCCUCCUUCUCCGACAUCCCUCAGGCCAUCAACGAGGACGUGUUCAUCUCCAACAACCUUGCUCUAGCCAACCAAGAUGCUUCUUUGCAGGAAUUCAAAUCUAGACGAAGAACAGAGAUUGAAAGGAACAGCAACUUGAGGUUUGCUAUGAAUUGUCUUACAACGCAGUUGUCGGCAUGCUUUACGCACAUUCAAUUCAGAGAGCUGCAUGAAAAUCUCGAGGCCACAAGAAAGAAGUUGUCUGCGACAGAGAAUGAGAUCUACGUUCUGAAAGAAAACGAAUCGAGGCUUUCAAACGCUGUAGAAGACAGAAAGAGGGCCGAGUCCUCUCUCACGUUGCAGCUCGCGGACAAGGAGGCUGAAAUCCUGAAACUAGAAGCAAACUCUGUGUCGCUCGAAGCCAAAGUGAACGAGCUGAGGACCAAGUUACAUGAGCAAGAGCAAGAGCUGGAGCAGAGAAGCUCGACCCUGAAGAGCUUGGAGAUGGACAUGCAGGAUACGACAAAGAAACUCGCAAUUGAAGUGAGCGAGAAAGAAAGACUGUCACACGCGUUAGCAGCAGAGAAGGAAGCGAAAGAGAAGCAACUCGAUGAGCUCUAUGCUUCCCUCUAUCAGACCAAGUCAGACUCGCCCGCGUCCUUCGACCUGGUGAGCAAGGGCAUCGACAGCCUCCUGUUCAAACUCCUCAAAGCCGGCGAAGAGAACAACAAGCUGAAGGCCUCGCUGCAAGAACUCCAAGACGUGAAGGCUGUCAACCUAGACGUCAACCGCGACCUGAAGAUGUCGAAAGAAGACCUGAACAAGAUGACGAAGAUGAAAGAAGCGCUGACGUGUCAGGUGGAAUAUCAGAAGCGAAAGAUGGCUGAGCUGGAGCAAGAGAUCUCGAGGAUGAAGGAACAAGAAUCCUUGAAAGACGCGCGCAUCGACGAGCUGUCUGCGAGCAUCAGCAAGGCGGCGAAGGACCAAGAGACGUCGAGAGCGGAUGCGGAUGGUUUGAAUGAAACCUUGCAAUGGAUGGCCCGCGAGAAUUCGCAACUCAAGGCAGCAGUAGAGAAGCAGGCGGAAGAAAGGACGGUGCUGGCGGCGACCUACCGAACUCUCGACGAGCUCUCGCUCCUCAUCUUAGGCGCUCCUUUCAUGGCCUUCCAGCCAGACUUGACCGUCGGGUCAGCUGAGAAGCUGCUGGUCGUCGACGAGUGGAGGGUCGCAGGGUCCAUGGCGGCGGUCGGCGACCGGAUCCUGAGGAUCGACGAGACGGGAGACGUCAAGGAGGCGAAGGCUGCGAGGGAGCUGCUGAGAGGGCCGCGUGCGUCCUCGAUACAGCUGAAGAUGCUGAGAGCCGUCGACAAGAAGGAGGUCGACGUGCAGGUCACUCGGUCCGCUCCUGUGCUGGACAAAGAUCUGAUAGAGAGACUCGAGCGGGAGAUCAGAGAGAGAGUUGCUGAAAUGCAACAAAAAACCUUGCAGAAUGAGUCGUUGAGAAAAGCUCUCGACGAUCAGUCGAAGACUUUGAAGAGCGAGAAGGAACAGCAGCAAGGGUUCCUCGGAAGCUCGCAGGCUCUUUACAUUGCGAUGCAAAAGACCAUUCAACAUCUGGAGUCAAACAUUUCGAAGCUCGUCCCCGAAGUUGAAGAGAUCAAACUCAAAGUUCGAGACGAGGAGAGGAAAGUUGAGAGGUUGCAACAGACGUGUGAUGAUCUACAAGGACGAAACCAAUCCAUGCAGAAGAAGUGCAGAGACUUGAAGUCUAAGUUUAAUGCGUAUGAUGAGUGGGUGCAACAUACCCGAGAAGAAGUUGAGAUGAUGAAAGAAAGUCAGAGAGUCGCGACAGAAGAAUGGCUGCAGAAGAUUGAGAAUUGUGAGGGGGAGAUCAGGUUUCUGCAUGAAGACAUCUUCAAGCUCUACUCCAGCUGCCUGCUGAGGGAGCCAGCUGAGAGGAAGCGAGACUACGACGAGCUGCUGCGAGGCUUCAAGGCUGCGUGCGGGUCAGACUUGGGAUCAGGCACCCUCAGAAGGAUGCACGCGGAGCUGGCGGAGAUCCGAAGAGUCUGCCGGUCGCUGGUGGGGAGCUUGACGAGCUCUCAACGUUUCAAGGGGGUGGGGAUGAUCGUGCGGACGAGCAAGCAGACGGUAAUCAAGGAGCUGCUGCCUGGGGGGCCGGCGGAUGAGAGCGGCGAGCUGAGGGAGGGAGACGUGGUGCUGAGCGUUAACGGGCGAGACCUCGCAGGACUGAGCGCCCUUGACGUCCAGCGACUGAUCGUGGGGCCUGAGGGGACGAGCGUGUGUCUGCGCGUGAGGAGGGAGGAAGGGACGGUGAACGUGGUCUUGACUCGGAGUGACCUGCACCAGACCUCCAUGGUGGAUGAGAUGCAGGAGGCGACGCUGGUGGCCGAGAGCCUGCGACAGGAGAACGAGGAGCUGAGCGCAGUGCUGCAUGCGAUCCACGACAAAACCAAAGUAGUGGCGGAAGAAGCCGGACAUGUCGGAGAGAACCUCGAGAAAGCGCUGGAGGCCUCCAGGGAGUCGUGGAAGGACGUUUCCAUCCCCCCCCGAUACUGCUGGCCAACAGCAGCCGAGCCGGAGGAAGGAGAAGGGAAGGGAGAGGAGGCUGAAGAGUGGAGGAGGUCGAGGCUUCCAGUGAGGGAGACGUUGCAGAACACAGACAACGUGAUCACACACCUGGGGAAGAUAAACGAGGUCGCGCUGGAACUGAUUCACCAUGCGGCAGAAGAAGCAAAGAAGAGAAGCGAGGUGGAGAGCAGGAGCUCGGACCUGAAGCUCGCCAACGAGGAGCUACAGCAGGUGAUAGCCGGCAAGUCCAACAAGAUCGCAGAGAUGGAAGCGAAGUUGGUCGAGCAAGAGCGCGAGUACCAGCGACUUGACAAGCACUUCACCACUCUGCUGGAGAACUUCACCAAGUUUCAUUCCGUCGUCCUCACCUGCUCGCACCCAGGGGCUGAUGUCGCCUCUAGCAACGAGGUUGGUCGGGAGGACGGAGAGGUCGAGGAGGGUGGGGGAAAAAGAGAAUUCUUCUCCAUGGAUGACCUCCAGUCUUCGUUUCAACUCCUCGAGAACGCGGCUGAGCACAACCCGCUGCUGUCAAACCUCAAGUCGUGGAUGUCUGGAGCCAAGACAGAGGCCAGAAGCACGUCACAGGUUGAGAGCGAGGGGAGGAAGAGUCAGAUGUCAGGAGGCAGGCUGGACAUGGAGAAGGUGGUCCUGCAGUUGAAGCAAGACGUCCUGGUGGUUCAGUCUUUGAUCGCCUGCAGGCGUCAAGUGGAGUCUCUUGCAGGGGUGCUGACGAGCGAGCUGAAGGCGCUGGGGGUCGCGACGCCUCAGCUGCAGGUGAAGGCAGGAAGUCUCGACGAGGUCAGCGAGUUGUGCAGCCUCCUGACGCAUCAGACUCGCUCGCACCUCCGACAGGUGGAGGAGCUCAGGCGCGAGAGGGAGGAGAUGCACAAGGCUGCCGAGAUCCGCAACUCUCAGGUGCUGACCCUGACGUAUGAGCUCGAGGCCUGUCAGAAGACGAUGGAGGUGGAGGGGAGGAAGAGCGAGGCGGCAGGAAGCGAGAAUGAAGCUUUGAGGGCUCAGCUGCAGGAGCUGGCGGCUCAGCUCGAGCUCAAGCAGCAAGAGAAGGUGAAGGAGAGGAGGGAGCUGGAGGAGGAGGCAGCGAGACGUUGGCAGCUCUACGAGGACCUCAAGAGAGACCAGGAGUACCAGCAGGAGCGAACCCGGCAGUGCGAGCAAGAAGCUCGCUCGCUGCAAUCCAAGCUGAACGCGGCGCACCAGGAGCUGAUGAGCAGCCAGUCGUCGAUCAAGAGCUUGUACGAAGAGCAGGAGAGGUACCGCGAGGAGAUGGAGCGAGCGGUGACGGCAGAGAAAAUCGCCAAGAACCACCUGUUCUUCGUGAAGAAAGAGCUCGGGGCGAGCAAGAACAAGAUGGAAAGCAACCACAGGAAGGUGCUGGCCCUGGAGGCUGAGGUCGUCAAGCUCAGGCAACUCUCGAAGAGAUGCGCCAAGUGCGACAGCAGGCGAGCGAACUCAGCAGGCAAGGUCGGCAUCGGCAUGAGCAUCACCGACAAGGCUCCUCAUCGCAUCACCUCCAUCCUCCCCGGCAGCGCCGCCUCUGCUUGCCCGCAGGUGUGCGUGGGAGACGUGCUGGUCGCUGUGGAUGGAGUCAACGUCGAGAAGCUUCCCCUUGAAAUCGUGAGGAGGAAAUUGCUGGGGGAGGAAGGUAGGAAACUCUUGUGCUCUUGA